AAACUCCACAUCAGGCAUCAGCAGAGCCGUGAGUUGCAAAAUUUUGGGCCCGAACCAUCAAGAACAUUCCAUUAACCAGUAUAAAAGUUGAUCGGCGGACCACUUGCAGUUUAAAAACAACCGAACACUCGAACAGCUACGACGCAGUAGACGUGCAGGAAAAAAACAACUCGACAAGCAAACUACCUGUGAGAAAUAAAACAAAAAUAAACAGAUAACAAAAUUAACAGAUUGUCAGAAACAAAUAAAAAUACUGCGAAAAUGACGGAGAAAUUGUUGAAAAUCACCUAUCAGGGCCCAGACGUGGCUGGACCCCAAAAGAAGAUUAAUGCAUACUUGAGAAUGCCCUCUCAGAAUUUCAAUGUAUUGCGUCGUGAAAUUGAGAUGUAUCUUUUCCAGGAGCGCCAGCUGGCCAAGUGUGAGAUCAGGACCUUCUGGAUUGAUCACGAUCACGAUGAAAUCGAAAUUAUCAACCAAAAUGAUUAUGAAAUCUUCCUGGCCAAAAGGGAGCAGAAUAUGCAUCUGCAAAUUGCACCUCUUGUUGCUAUAGUGGAGGAGCCUCAAACGGCUAAGUCCGCGGCUGCCACCACGGCUGCUCCUCCCUCUGCUGACGAUCCGAGCAAUUUCACCAUCCAUGACGGUGUAGAGUGUGACGGCUGUGGCCUGUCGCCAUUGGUUGGCUUUCGCUACAAGUGUGUCCAAUGCCCGAACUAUGACCUUUGCCAAAGAUGUGAGGCAGCUCACAAGCAUCCGGAGCAUUUGAUGGUCCGCAUGCCCACCAAUAACGGACCAAGUGUUGUGGAGGCUUGGAUAAGCGGUGCGAAUAGAUGUGGUCGGCGCUCGGGCCACCGCUCCCGUGGCCACUGCCCAUUCGGAGAGGCUGCUCAGGCAGCAGCUGCGGCUCCAGCAGGAACAGCUGAUUCGCCCAGGGAGGGUCGCCGCGAGCGUCGUCAUGCCCGUCGUCAUGGCAACGUAUUAUCCCAGUUUGUGGACAUGAUGAUCAACAUGCCGGAGAACAACACUCCAGCCACUUGUGCGUCGCCAGCACAACAACCAAAGGAAAAGGCUUCAACUGCUGAACCAACAGCAACAGCACAGAAGGCCACCGAGACCGAAUCAAAUCCAACUAAAAACAAGGAGACCAACACUGCUGCUCCAACUAAGAAAGACCACACGACCGAAGAGCCAGUGGCUGCUCCGCGCUCUAAGGAAUCAGAGCAUACCCAGGCCCAGUCCGGUACUCCAACUACUCCGGUUAUUAAUCUGGACAGCAUUUCGCAAAUGGUGCCACCUGAGUACAUGCGUGCAGGCAUUGAAAUCUUGAACAAUUUCAGCGAAAUGUUUGCCAAGAUGAUUGAUCCCACUGAGUCGCCCACUGCCGCAAGCUAUGCAGCCUCGACAGCCUCAUCCACUGAGGCAAAGAAACCAGAAGAGUCCGCAACUAAGCAGCCUGAAUCUGCUAACCAAUCGACUGCGGGGUCUUCUGUCUCGUCGUCAGGUCAGGCUUCUCUUGAAACGGAACCCUUGCUGCCCAAGCCAUCUGAUACACCACCAUCACCACCGGCCACCGAGCCGGUGAAGCAGCGUCGCUCAGAAAGCUUGGAUCCCGAUUGGCAAGUGAUUGAUUCGCUAAUCUCUCUGGACCCACUCGAGCCCACUGCUGCACCACAGCAGCCAGUGCGCGAUUUCAGUCAGUUGGGACAGAUGCUGCGUCAGCAUAUGCAAGAGGAAGAGCAUCGCGAGCAGGCUACAGCCAACACCCAGACUUCUCAGGUGGAUACGGUGAGCACUUCCACUUCCACGUCGGUUUCCACCAAUAGCGUCGGCACCUCACCAGCAGCCCCCGAGGAAAAGACCACUCCGACAGUCUAUCAUACCGAUGAACGCAUCAACGACUCCAUACACGCAAUGAUGGCCAUGGGCUUCAGCAAUGAGGGCGCCUGGUUGACACAGCUACUGGAGUCGGUCCAGGGCAAUAUACCAGCUGCUCUUGACAUUAUGCACAAUUCGCAGCGUCGUAACUAAAUAUAAAUAUAUUAAAUAAACGUACACAUAUUAAUUAUAAUCAUAUAUUCAAUAACUGUAGCAUCCCAUUAAAAAGUGGCAAUUUAAAUGUAGUUCUAGGAUUUGAUCCUUUGGUGAUUGCUUAAUAACAACAAUAUAUAGAGAA